AUGGAUGCAGAUUUUGGAGAGAUUCAACCGGAAGAACUCAGAUUCAUGUUCGAACCAAAGACAAAGAUCUCGUGCUUCGUAAAGCUGAUGAACAAUUCUGGUCAUCAUAUCGCGUACAGGAUCUACUCGACACACGCAGAGCUCUAUUGUUGUCGAAAAAAAGAGGGUAUUAUCAAACCAGGAUCCACAUGUGAUGUAGAAGUCAUUAGAAAGAAACAAGACGUAGCGCCUCUUCCAAAGACGAUUGCCAAGGAAAGGUUACACUUCAAAAGAAUCUUUGUCCCUGAAGAUACUGACAUUAAAGAUAUCGCAUCAAUAUUUCAUUGUCAUAAGUGUAAUCCAGAUAUAAACAAAAAAUAUCUGAAAGUAGUCGUUGAUGUUAUCCCGAGGUCGGAGGAGAUGGAUUCAAAAACUGAAGAACAAGAUUUAAGGAUGGCGGAAGCUCGACAGAUGAAAUCGAUGAAGUUGAAGAUGGAAGACAUGGAUUUAAGGCUAAAGGAGGCUGAAGAAACUAUAUCGAAACUCAAAGAACGCAAGAAUGAAUGCGAUUACAAGGGUAAGAAAAUGCGUCCCAGUGUACUUAUAAAGUGUUUUAAUGUGAAAUUGGUUUGA